CCGAGCACCGUCUCAAACCACGUUUCGCUGCAUUACGGUAUAUUGUUAGAGCGUAUGUGCUUGUUCUGUCCACUACAAAGCUCAGGGAACCAUGUGUACACCUGCCUUUUGGAUCCUGUAGCCUACAACUCCACAGCGGGGCUGCAGAUGCACGAGAAACAAAAAUCCUCUACAAGUUACACCGACUGAGCAUGCCUGUGCACGAACCGGAGGCGAUCAUCUGUCUCCGUGUAACAAACAACUUUUUUUGGGGAGGGGAUGUUUGCGUUGAUGCACACCAGAUCAUAGCACCAUGCGCCCCUCUAGUCGCUUAUGUAGCAUAGGAAAUUUCUACCGGCCCUGAACUUUACAUAGCCCGUGUGCUCAAGUGAAGGGGGUUCCCCCACGUUUCUUGAAGAAGUUCUUACGCGACAGAGCCCGUUAAACUUGCACAAACCGGUAUGCGCUCACGGAAACGUCCAUCCCGUGGAGGGCCGGUUAAAGGUGGCGGAGAAGACCCCGCCAAGUCCACUGAGCAGGAGGGCCGGACUCGACCUCAGAUCCUGUCGGGAUCGGGCUUCUGCAAAUGGUUCAACGUCCGGAUGGGCUUCGGAUUUAUCUCAAUGACCAGCAGCGAAGGGAGCCCCGUCGACCCUCCUCUGGAUGUUUUCGUCCACCAAAGCAAACUGGUGAUGGAGGGCUUCCGCAGCUUAAAGGAGGGUGAGCAGGUGGAAUUCACCUAUAAGAAGUCCUCGAAGGGCCUGGAGUCCCUGCUGGUGACCGGACCUGGUGGGGGACCCUGUGCAGGCAGCGAGAGGAGACCCAAAGGGAAGGUCCCACUCCAGAAACGCAAACCAAAGGGAGACCGUUGUUAUAACUGUGGAGGUCUGGAUCACCAUGCCAAGGAGUGUGGCCUGCCCCCUCAGCCAAAGAAAUGCCACUACUGCCAGAGCAUCACGCACAUGGUGGCUCAGUGUCCCCACAAGGCGCUGGCGCCUGCCACAGGCUCUCAGGACCAACAUGCGUCUACCUCGGCCUUCAGCCCAGGGACCGGGCCCUACCUCUGCCCCCCAGAGGAGGAGGAGCGCUCCGGUUCGUCCCCCAUGGAGGGCUCCUCCUCCUCCCCCGAGGAGCCCCACACACGCGGCCCUCGGACCCAAAGGUGGAGGAAAUCCUGAAAACAGCCCAUAGCGGUGAAGCUUUCACUGCUCACCCCUGACCCACAUGUCUCCCUUCAAUCAAGGAUAGCUGAAGUCCCCGCCUCAUCUACCUCACACCUGUGAAAAAAAAUGGGAGGUCUUGAUUUCUUUACUUUUAUAUUAUUUUUUUCUUAUUUUAUUUUUCUAACCAGCGCAGCUAUGGCAACGAUCACCGGGGUACAGACGUGUGUGAAUGUGUGUGACUGACUUGCGGUCACCUGGUGCAGCUACGGCAACCACCACUGGAAUGGUGACUGCAGGGAAUGACUGUUUUUCUUGUUUCAAUCAGUGCAGCUCGAAAGUGAAACGUCAUGGUAUGAAUCGUGGUUUGAUCCUCAUUUUUUCCCUCUUUGACCUAAGUGUUGGCCAUUUUGAAUGCUUUUUCCCUACAGUUGUUGUUUAAAGCCACAAAUUUAUAUCCUGCAGGCCUAACCAUUCCGAAAAUCAUGAUGCAUCCUUUUAGCACACACGGUAGCUCAUUUUAAGAAGGAUUAGAAGACUUUUAAAAGCUUGCAACCCCUCGAAGUGAUAAUCCAGACCUGUAGGAUUGUUAGCUUGAUUUAUGAAAAUCUUGAGGGAAACUUUAUGGAUCCCAGAGGGAAUUUCUUUAAAACAGUGGGCUGCUAAACACAUUCUCUAGAAUCUUGAAACACUCAUUGCAUACCUCUCUCUUACAUGAAGCAGACUGGACCAACUGAUUGUCAAGGAGUGAUCAAGUGUGUUUGUGUGUGCAUGUGCAAGACUAAGAAAGUGUGGGAUUGAUUUGUGUGUGUGUGUGUGUGUGUGUGUGUGUGUAUGUGUGUGUUGUGCAUGCUCUGAAAGGAAGCACAACUCUCAGACUGGAAUCGCCUCAGCUCCAGGUGCGAGUCAACACUAUCAACUUUCAGUUUCCUGUUAUGAGAGAUAGACACACCUUAUAUAAGACAUCGUAUAAUCCAGCUAGCUCAUAGUUUUAGACUCAAGGUAAUGAACUGAACAUUAGACUUCCAUUUUGGUUUCUUGCAUAAUUAGUUGAAAAUAACAUUACGGUUUAUAAAUCAUAGUAUAAGUCAUUAAUAUAUAUGUAAAGUCACAAGAUAUAAUUGAAAUUCUAUUAACUUUAAGUAAUGCAUAUAUAAGGAAAUAGCUCUGACAUAGAUGAAUAGCCCUGUAUAUUGCAUGGGAUACUUUAUUGUGUGAAAAACUUGUAGCUCUCUCUCUAUUUAACAGUUUUCAUCCAAAUCAAACUGACCUCUAUUUUUGUUUUUUGUUUGUUUUUUAUUUUACUGUAGUCCCUCUUCUUUUUUAAUUCAAAUAGUCAGCCAGCACAAAGACUCACCUUGUUUUGAUUACAGGUGUAGUGUCAGACCAUUACAGUAUCAUCAGAGCUGCUCUACCUACUUAAUACCUCACCAAUUCUUCCUCUCAGAAAUGAAUGUUGCAGAACGUCAAGCUGUUGGCUCUCCAAGCUGUGUUAGCAGUAAGCUCGAACCACCCGUUUCCUCUUCCAUCUGUGCCUACCAGUUGUUAGUUAGCACCAGCCAGGUUGUGCGACGAGAUGCCGUCACUGCUGCUGCUGCUUCAGACUCACUGAAGAGAAAGAGAAAGAGAGAAAGAAAGAGAAAGAGAGAGAGAGAGAGAGAAAGAGUGCUGCUUUUAGUAUAACUUGAAUCCCAAGCAUGGCUUUAGUGGCACUUAUUUGUGACCUAACAACUCUUCUCUGACCAUAUUGAAUGUGAAAAGAGCUCAUCUGAAGUCGACACCUCACAAAAGUUCAUGUCGGGUCGCUUUGGAGUUGUAUCUUAAUGUUCUGACAAAUCAAAUAACUUUGUAUGAUGAUAUCAAACUAGCUUGUGUGUUUUGAAAAGCUCUAAAAUAGACAACCAACUUUCUUUGGUAUAUUUCUAUACCAAAGAGUUUGGCUUUAUUUUUUUUUUGAAGGCAUUUAAAGUUAAGACUUGCUGAAGUGCUUGCUGUCCUUGCUCUUUCAGAAUAAGAGGGACUUAUUGCUGAAAGCGCAACACUGCAGUUUGUUAUUUUUUUUUUUUUAAUGUACAGCUUUUUGAAUGUGUGCGUGCGGUAAAUAUCAAAUCUUGACAAUGCAGCAUGACAGAAAAAAAAAUGAAUGACCAAACCACAUUAGGAGCACAGCCCAUGCUCAAAUCUUUAUGAAAACAACAUCUUUUUGUAUGAUGUAUUUUUACAUUUUUACACACAAUUCCUCUCAGGAUGAUGAACUGUUCUCAGGGAAUUAACCAAAAAAAUGUAUUUUAUUCUUUUGGGAAUCAUCCACUGACUGACUCAACAAACUCUGUUAAGCAAUGGCGAAGAGACAUACGUAUGUAACUGAUUCAUGUACUGAUAUUAGCAACUACCUCUUGAGUUAUACAUAGUUGUGCAUUUCUUUUUGUUUUGUAUGUUUUUUUGGGGGGGGGGUUGAGCUUGUAUAAUUAACUGUAGGUCUCUAUUGUACUGAGGUGUGAGAAUUUCCCUAGUGUUGCCACAGACUCCCUGGUCUUCCUUCCCAGAUUUGAUGAGUUACUUUUUUCUUUUUACUGCAAAACUCUCUUUUUUUGUUUACAGCAAAAGCCUACCUCAUACGCGCUGUUCCUCCACAAACUCCUUACCUCCUCCCAGCCCCCCCUCUACCUCCUCCAUGCAGUUGUUUGUUAAAGAAACUGACACUUGUCACACUAGAGUCACACAGUGUUUUCAACGAAUCAGCCCUUAAAAGGCUCGUCACUUGUGACUUCAGUUGUAUCUUACAAUCAAAGCCCUUUUUGAAGCUUCUACACAAGUUUUCAGAAUGGGUAUGUUUGUCUCACACAUCCAGAGUGGAGUUUUUUUCUGCCAGCUCUGUGUCAUACUGACAGUAUACACUCAUCACUUAGCUGCAGACAGCCAGUGAGUUUACCUCAGUUUGUCGGUCUCGUUAUAGACAUGUUAAAUAUGAGAUAUUUUACAUUUCCAUGUGAACACAUUUUGAAAAGGCAUCGACUGUUGUUUUUAGUUUCUAAGUAUUGUAUCAAAACUGUUUUUGUAACCAUUUGAUACCAUGGGCUUAAGGUGGAGAAGAAUUGGAUUGUACUUCGCACAAGGAGUGCCUGUCUUUAUGUUUUGUUUGUCUGACCCUAUUACCAAAUAGAUAUUUCCCUCUUUUUGGGCUUCAUGUUAAUGGCCUUCAUCAGCCAUUUUUAUAAGCCUCAGAUAAUCAGAAGUUGUGUGGUUUGGAGAUGAUGCCCCCUCUUGUUGCAAACUACGUUUGUAGUUUAGAGCAGCAUUGUUAACAAUUAACAUGAAAUCAGUAGAUUUUAUACUAAUGGUAAUAAUUGAAUAGACGUCAUUCUAAAAAAUGUUUAUGAAGAUGAAUAUUGUUAUCAGUACUUUUUAAACUAACUCGUGAGUUCAAACAUUGAUUUUGCAUGGGACCGUAGUUUUACGAUUCACAGUCAGCUGAGCAAUGGGCCUACAUAUAGAAUUGAAUGCUUGUUUACGCCAGAUACGAACAAAAUACAUGACCAUGGUAAAUAGUGAUAUUAUUGUUGUUAGUAGCUUUAUAUUUUCUUCCAAUCAAUGUAACUACUGAUUUAUCUCUUGUUUAUUUGGUGCAGCCAAGAAAAAU